AUGUGCCAAGGGCCUAGGGUGGCUAUUGCUGAGUACGGGCAGGGUGAGGAGAAACUUGAGAGCUGGAAUCCGAGUGACCACAGGUUGCAGCUUCAGGCCAAGUGCCUCAACUGGUUAAGAGAAGGCACUGCUCAGGAGCAGACAUGGAAAGUCUUCCUUCGACAACCCAUCUACCUCGCUGGUUCCGCAAUUGCAGCACAGAUUGACUUUCUGGGAAUUAGUGGAAAGAGCCUAGACGAGCGCGAUCCUCGGGAGCACAAUCAGGUUCUUUUAAGGCGGGGUGCGAGUCCCGAAACCCUGAGAUCUCACAGCAGCUUUCCUGCUCGAGUGAGCAGCCGCUUUCCGCCGGGCUUACGAGAGCUAGGUGCCUGCCGCAAGGCCCCUGCAGCAGAGUCGCGGCGGAACUCGGUGGAGGUGAAGGACAGUCGACCCUCACGAUCUCGGAGUUGUCCCAGGGCGGGUGGCUGGGGUGAGGGGUGGUGGGUGGGGCUGCCUAGGGGACAGGGGACCCGGGACGCAGAGGCCGCGGCUCAAAAGGAGCAGAGGGCAGCAACCCGGCUCGACCUUGCCCUCCAAACACCGGAGGCCGAGGCCGAGGCCGCAGGGAAUGGCGGAGCCACCUCUCCAAAGUCCUUUGAGAUGCCACCUCCUUGCGAAAAGGGCGGGGGGCGCGGGGAGUGGGCAAGCGAGAUUAUUAUUAUUCCUCGGUUUUGCCGCGGCAGCUAG